CAGCCUAGGUGACAGAGCAAGACUCUGUCUCAGAAAAAAACAAAAAAGAAUUCACAUCAGAGAAACCUAUUUACAUCAGAGAAACAUAUUUCUGCCAGGAGAUUUGCUGACUGAGCAUCUUUUCUCUAAAAUUUAUUUUUUAGGAUUUCUGUUUUGAAAAUUAUAAAUACAGCCAUAUUUUGAGGGAGUUUUUAAAACAACAAAUUUAGGCUUUUGUAACAUUAUGGACUGCUUCUCUUGGCUUAUAAUAAAGCAGUGCCAUCUGUACAAAGGUUAUUUUAAAAAUCAGGAGUGACUGAGGGUAAGAGUCCAUCAGCGUCUCAACAGAGUGACCAGUGGCAUUUUAUGUUGUAGCUUUGGGUACCUUGUUGUGGAUUCCCAGCUCUUCAGCCUGCUCGUGUUUGGGGCCCUCUGAUCUGUUGAAAGGCUUAUUUGGGAAACCUGCCUAUUUCAUGCUGUGGCUGCUGUCUGGUUUGGGUGCAGAAGGAAUGCGCAUCAUACCUCUUUUCAGGGCGGCCCAACCAUUACUUAUCACAUUUUCCAAGCUCUGCACUUGUUGCCUCUAUCAGAUCAUUCCUAAUGCCAUGAUGACUUCUCACACAAAUCGAAACCAGGGACCAACUUUAGUGGAAGUUAUGCCAUAUUUGACUCUCUACUUAGUGCCUGACUUAUACAUAUUGGGCAAUGAAUGAGUGAAUGAAUGCUGUCUAUAAAACAAAUGAGCUUAAUUAUUAUCUCAUUUUGACAACACCUAAUCAAAUGUAAAGUAUAAUCACUGUGUAACAUAUACUUUACUGAAACCAUUCCCGGGGAUUUUUUUUCAGAAAAGUACUUACUAGUAUAGGAAGUCACACAACUGGAUUUGACCCUGAUCUACUUUGUGACUGUGUGACUGUGAGCAAGUUACUUAGCUUUUCUGUGCAUCAGUAUUUUUUGCCAUUCGGUAUCUGGGGAUAUGAUGGUACCCUACUUAAAAUUACAGUGAGUAAAUAAGCAAAGGCAUGUAAAGCUCCUGGCAUUUGGUAAUUCCUAAAUAAAUAGUGGUCUCUACUACUAUUAAAAUAUUUACCACUCUACUUCUAAUACUUUGAUCGGUUUGGUGCACAGCAGUCAAUGUGCUUGGACCUAGGUGGACCUUGUAGUUGUCGUUGAAUAGAUUCAAUCCUCUUCAGGGUUGCUGGGCUUCCAUGUGAUUAACUGUGUACAAAGAAUAUUGUUUCCCUCAGCCUGACCCAGGUCUGCUGCAAAAUUAGAUAGGUGUGAAGGUUUUCCUCAGAAAAGGAAAUCUGGUGGGCCAGAGAGAAUCCCAUGGCAGAGUGAAGGAAGAAGGGCUGCUUGUCUUGUACAAAUUCUUGCUUUACUGUCUCUCAAACCCCUUGGUUUCAUUUUCAAAAACAUUUUGGGAAAAACUUCUUGGUGAAAGAGUUGCUUCGUCACUUAAGGUAACUUGAGAGCAGGCCAGUUUCCGGUCUGUCUUUGUUGCCAGCUCUCUAGUUGAAAGGUUCUGCUUCAUACCCGAAGGAGGCUUUGAACAUCAGCUGUCUGGAACAAUCUCGGGCCUUAUCGCUUAUUUUAAUGUUCCUUGCACAGGGUCAUUCUUGGAUGUGGUGCUCUGGGCAAUCUCACCCCAGAAUGCUUCCCUUCCUUUAUUUAACCUCUGACCUGUGAAAACAAGAGUUAAUCAAGAGUUCUAAGGUAGCUAAGAGGAAGGGGAAGUGUUUGGUUACAAAUUAAAUAUGAACAAGUCAUAAGUCAUAAAUCCCCAGUAGUGCCACCAGUUGUGUGUCUCAAGUUGCAUAUGGUACAGAGUGUUUGGGUUAUAAAUUCAAGUUCAGAGCUCUCUGAUUGCUUGGGGGUAGGUGCGAGGUUCAUUUUAUUUUGGCCUAAAACUCUGCCUCCUAAAACAUUACUUUUAUUGGACGAGCUUCAUUCAUAUCCUACUUUAUCUGUGUGCCUGUCUCUCCUUCUUCCUUUCUUUACCUGCCUGCCUACUUGUGUUGAUUGGUGUGCUGUUCUGUGAAUUGAGACAGAACUGCUUCCCUGAAAGAAGUUAAGCAUAUGGAAAAAGUUGCCAAGGAAAGGCAUUGAAGCAUAGAGCGUAAAUGGGUUUAAGAGACAGCCAGACACUUUUAUAGAGAGAUUUGCGAUUGAAUGAUAUAACAUUCAAGCAGAGAUCUGGGGUGGAAAUGAACUUAAAUGAGUACUAUUUGUGGAAAGCUGAUGCCCUGUCUAAUCUAGCAUUUCCUUAAUUGUCACCAUAAGCAUACAUUUAAAGCUUUAUACUUUAAAUUAAAAAAGGCAACACAGUCUGUUUAAGAAUCUAAGACAUAGGCCAUAGUUUUUCUAGAAAAAGUUCUUAAAAAUAUGCAUUUAGGGUAUAGCAGAGGCACUGGGUCUUGACACGAAACACUGGAAACUUAAAAUACUCUUCUGCCGUGUUUGAUUAAAACAUUUUAAAUUGAGCUAUUUAUAUUUGUGUUUCUGAAUAUAACAUGUACACUAAUUCCUGAAGCAAUAAAGAGCUGACACAUGACUAGUGUCCCUGGAGCUGGCAAAGUAAGAAAACACGCUGAAUUGUUGGGAGGCAGCCAGAGUUAGAUUGCUCAGAACACUUGGAGCGGAGGGGCUUUUGGAGGCGAGCUUUCCUUUAUCUUAUCAAGCACUACAGUGAGAACCACAAGGUAAGAAUUUUAUAUCCUAAUCUCAGGAUUGAUCCUUGUGCGUGAUCAUACAACUAUUGUAUUGUUGAGAGCAGGUCAGACUUAGAAAUCAUGCUGGAUUGGUUUUGUGUCUGAUCUGUGGUUUUAGUAGCUGUGUCAUCUUAGGGAAAUGACUUCACUUCUCUAAGACUCAAUUUUCUCAUCUGUAAAAUGGGAUAAUUCAUCUCACAGAGUUAUGAAGAGUAAUACUUCAAAGCACCUAACACUUGAUACAUAGUUUCCUCCUUUACUGCAUUAGCUUCUCCUCCCCAGCCCUAAAAUGAGAUGAAUAUCAAAUGGCAUCUGACUGGGAUCAUUGAUUUUUUGUUGUUGUUGUUUAUUACUGCAAGUAGGACAGGGCUCCUCGUGUAGCCGUUUCUUCCUUUUGUUGUUGUUGUUUUUUUUUCCCCCAGUAGAGACAGUGUAUUUCCCCGGCUUUGAAAGCUCCAGUAGGGUGGGCCUUAGUUAGAACCUCACUAACCCAUUACAUUAUAUUACAGUAGUAAUUUAAACCAUAAAAUAAGAUACUCUGAAUGGGGAAAGUCUUGCAGGUGUGUGAAUACAGGAGUAGGCAGCUUCAUAAACUCUCUUAGGAAAAUGAUGAAAGGCCUAUGUGCUCACCCUGCCUGGGCUCAAUGGAAAAUAUCGAGAAUUACACUGAAUUGUCAGUGCAGGUGCCAUUAUUCCAAAGAUCUCAUGUUACCAACACUUUACCAGUGAUAACAAAAAAGUGCCUCUGUGCUUUCCUCCUGAGCAAUCUCCUUCAAUCAAAGUAAUACUGUCAUAGAAAAGAUGAUGACAAAUCCACUCCCUAAAAGCAACAAUUAUUGAAUACCCAUCAAGAAAGAAAAGAGCCUUGUUUCCAAAAUCAAAUCCAAGGGUAUGUUUGGGUAGAUUUAUAUAAGCACAGAUGUUUUAUGGGAGUUUUUGGUGUUUUUUCAUAAUGCAGAUUAAUAUUUUUACUCAUUCAGUACAUAUAAUAUAUUUUCCUGCAUAGAUAUAAUAGGUAUCACAAUGGGAUGUUAAUUAUGGACAUAAAUCAGAGAUUCUUGAGCUUAACUAAAUAUCAUAAUCAAUUUACAGUUUGAGAUUAGCUGCUGUGAGCAAAGCAGAAUGCCCAGACUGGGUGAGACUGGCUUAGAGCUCCCAAAGAGGAUUGCUUUUCUCUUAUUGAGGUUCCUUUGACUUUUGAUGUUAUCAAAGAGUAUGGUAUUAUCAGGGUGAAACAAAUCGUGCUCAGUUCCAGGCACUGUGAUAGGUGUGUUUACAUAUGUUUCAGCCUCAAAAGAACCACGCGAGGUAGAUAUUAUAUCCCCAUUUCACAUAUAGGGAAGGAAGAACAUGGCUCAGGCCACAGCCAGUAAGUAACAGAGCUGGUACUCAAACCCAGGUGUGUCUCCUGACUUUGCAGUCAGUGUAAAGUUGAUCAGUGAGGUGUCACUUCCUCUUGGAAGACUUUCCAGAACCUCUUCUCUGUUCCCUUUGUGAACCUCUAUCUGAGCACUGACCCAGUGCUGCAGACAUUAGCUGCCAGUGUGUCUGCUGCCCUCCCUCUUUAGACUGUGAGCUCCCCAGAUACUGAGACAUGGGCCUCAUUCCCCCAUGUACCUAGCAGAGGGCCAGGCAUAUACUGGUGGGUCUUAAUAAGCAUGGGAAGAUUUGUGGGUAGAUGCCAUUGAUGGAACAUUUGAGAAAUGAUUGAUUUAGAAACAUCAUUUUGGACUGGAAACAUCUUCUCAGUUUUAAAUUCUGUAGAAAUGUUCAUUGAAGCUAAAUGUGGUUAUCUCAGGAAGGUGAGGUGUGCUUCUCCCUUAGGGAGGAACCACAUAUAACUUUGGUGCUAAGGUUGUGGUUUGAGAAUCGUAGACCAGCCCACAUGAGUGAUUUCUGUUGCACUUAAAGGUGGGAAUGCUUGUUGACGGAGUGUAAUAGGGGAGAAGAUAUGUCUUAUAGAAGGCAGUGCAGUUGGGCUCUAGGGUCUUUCCUCCUUCCCACCUCGAGUUAGGAGGGAGAGGGGAAGGAAUGAGAAGUAUAGGAGUGGGAGAGCUCAUGUAAAAGCUCUUCUCUUUGGUGAGUUUGGAGAGAAGAGUAUCUUCUGAAGAGAGGGACAGAAGAGGAAAAAUGUUUGGAGCAGACUGGAGGAGGUGGGUAACAGGAGGCUUGUUGCACUACAGAUUAGAGGAUUCUUGAACAAUUUUAGGGGUUCACAUGUGCUUGAAAAAUUAGGUUUUCAGAUGAUUGUAAUCAGCCUGGUUUUGUGAAGUUUUUCUAUAGCAAUUGAAGUGGGAACAAAAAGAGUAGAUGGUGGGGUUUACUUGUGUUGGGGGAUGGGCAAGGGGCAAGAAAUCUUGUUUGUAAGUAUUCCUUGAUCUACUUUGAAUAAUCACUUGCUCUAUACUCAUUAUUUAUCCCAGACUCCAGCAGGACAUUGGCAGGAAUUGUUUUUUAAAAACUGGGUCAUUUUCCAAACCCAAGUGCUGCCUGCUCAAUUUGGAUCCCCACCUCCCAACUAGAGUUGGUUGACUGUUACUCUAUAGCUCUAGUGGUAAUUAAUGGCCUUAAUAGAACCUAUAGAGAUGAGUUAUGUCUGUCAAGGGAAGCUACGAUUUAUUGGAUGUCUCACAUGUGCCAGGAAUAAUUAGGGGUUAAACAGUCAAUACACAGUCACCAUCCUUGCUCUCAUGGAGUUGAGACCAACGGAGAAGACAGACAAACAAGCAUGUAUUACAAACGAUGGGGAGUUUUAAUGUAGAGUAAGCCCAGGAGGUCUUCAUAUUCUGGGAAUAAAAUGCAUCUAUUUAAUUGGGGACCAAAAGUUCAUAGUAAAAAUGAGGAAAAGGUUAGGAUUUUAUCUAGAAAAAGUGUAAAAAAGUAUAAAUUUACCUCAACAAACUCUGUCUCUGAAUUCCAACAAUGCAUUAAUUCUUACAAAGAAUGAUGCAUCAAGUAUUGUGCAGGAGAGGAGGUUAUAAUUUUUCUGACUUAAUAACACUUCAUAGUUGACUUUCACAGCAUAAUCAUAAAAGGAGUCAUUUUUUCCUAAAGUAUUUGAGGACUUCAGUUUCCCAAAGGUCUCUUUUAUCCUUUGAUAUUGAAAUCAUUUUCUUUUGAUGUGACUGUUGUGUUACUAUCCUUGUUUUUCUUGAUUUUUCUCUUUAUGUCUUGUUAAGUGGUCUAAUACAGCCAGGUCUUCAUUUGUCGAUGACUUUGCCUCAACUCUGAGCAGGUAUCCAGCAUGUCCAACAUGGGCUUCGUAGAAUCCAGUCUCCUUUGCAAGAGUUAUAGUUUUACUUUAUAGCAAAUUUGCAUUUUAUUAUAGACAGAGGAGAUACAGACAGAGGAGCAGGGAUAGAUGCUAGGUGAAACUGGAAGGGUGGAGAAGGGGACGUAUUGUCUGGAAACUGGAAGGGUGGAGAAGGGUCGUGUUGUCUGAAGCAGUCACAUUGUUGGUGAGUAUUUUCCUCUUGUAACAGCUUCUGUUUUCCUGCCCAUUCCGGUUGACCGCACGGUAUGAGGAAUUCCUGUAGAAUGCUGGAGGAGCCUCUGAUCCAGACACCAGGAAUCAAAGAGAGCUUCCCAACGCUGAGACUGCCAAGCUAUCUCCCCUGGUUCGAGGUAUUUUAUAAGCUGCUUAACAUCCUGGCAGAUUAUACGACAAAAAGACAGGAAAAUCAGUGGAAUGAGCUUCUUGAAACUCUGCACAAACUUCCCAUCCCUGACCCAGGAGUGUCUGUUCAUCUCAGCGUGCAUUCUUAUUUUACUGUGCCUGAUACCAGAGAACUUCCCAGCAUCCCUGAGAAUAGAAAUCUGACAGAAUAUUUUGUGGCUGUGGAUGUCAACAACAUGUUGCAUCUGUACGCCAGUAUGCUGUACGAACGCCGGAUACUCAUCAUUUGCAGCAAACUCAGCACUCUGACUGCCUGCAUCCACGGGUCUGCGGCGAUGCUCUACCCCAUGUACUGGCAGCACGUGUACAUCCCCGUGCUGCCGCCACAUCUGCUGGACUACUGCUGUGCUCCCAUGCCCUACCUCAUAGGAAUCCAUUUAAGUUUAAUGGAGAAAGUCAGAAACAUGGCCCUGGAUGAUGUCGUGAUCCUGAAUGUGGACACCAACACCCUGGAAACCCCCUUCGAUGACCUCCAGAGCCUCCCAAACGAUGUGAUCUCUUCCCUGAAGAACAGGCUGAAAAAGGUCUCCACAACCACUGGGGAUGGUGUGGCCAGAGCGUUCCUCAAGGCCCAGGCCGCUUUCUUCGGUAGCUACCGAAACGCUUUGAAAAUCGAGCCGGAGGAGCCGAUCACUUUCUGUGAGGAAGCCUUUGUGUCCCACUACCGCUCCGGAGCCAUGAGGCAGUUCCUGCAGAACGCCACGCAGCUGCAGCUCUUCAAGCAGUUUAUUGAUGGUCGAUUAGAUCUUCUCAAUUCCGGCGAAGGUUUCAGUGAUGUUUUUGAAGAGGAAAUCAACAUGGGCGAGUAUGCUGGCAGUGACAAACUGUACCAUCAGUGGCUCUCCACCGUCCGGAAAGGAAGUGGAGCAAUUCUGAAUACUGUAAAGACCAAAGCAAACCCGGCCAUGAAGACUGUCUACAAGUUCGCAAAAGAUCAUGCAAAAAUGGGAAUAAAAGAGGUGAAAAACCGCUUGAAGCAAAAGGACAUUGCUGAGAACGGCUGCGCCCCCACCCCGGAAGAGCAGCUGCCAAAGACUGCACCGUCCCCCCUGGUGGAAGCCAAGGACCCCAAGCUCCGAGAAGACCGGCGGCCAAUCACAGUCCACUUCGGACAGCUGCAGAGACUGCGUCCCACCCGACCGCCUCCCAAGAUACAGCGCUCGAGGCCCGUGCGCCCACCUCGUCCUCAUGUUGUUAAGAGACCAAAGAGCAACAUCACAGUGGAAGGCCGGAGGACGUCUGUGCCGAGCCCUGAGCACCUGGUAAAGCCCUUACGACACUACGCGGUCUUCCUCUCCGAAGACUCCUCUGACGAUGAAUGCCAGCGGGAAGAGGGCCCGAGCUCUGGCUUCACCGAGAGCUUUUUCUUCUCUGCUCCCUUUGAAUGGCCACAGCCGUAUCGGACACUCAAGGAGUCAGACAGUGCGGAAGGCGACGAGGCAGAGAGUCCAGAGCAGCACGUGCGGAAACCCGCAGGCCCCGUCCCAGCUCCCACUGACCGGGCUGCCAGCAUCGACCUUCUGGAAGACACCUUCAACAACCUGGACAUGGAGGCCGCAUUGCAGCCCCUGGGCCAGGCCAAGAGCUUGGAGGACCUUCGUGCCCCCACAGACCUGAGGGAGCAGCCAGGGACCUUUGACUAUCAGAGGCUGGACCUGGGCGGGAGUGAGAGGAGCCGCGGGGUGACAGUGGCCUUGAAGCUUACCCACCCAUACAACAAGCUCUGGAGCCUGGGCCAGGACGACAUGGCCAUCCCCAGCAAGCCCCCAGCUGCCUCCCCUGAGAAGCCCUCGGCCCUGCUCGGGAACUCCCUGGCCCUGCCUCGAAGGCCCCAGAACCGGGACAGCAUCCUGAACCCCAGUGACAAGGAGGAGGUGCCCACCCCUACUCUGGGCAGCAUCACCAUCCCCCGGCCCCAAGGCAGGAAGACCCCAGAGCUGGGCAUCGUGCCUCCACCACCCAUUCCCCGCCCGGCCAAGCUCCAGGCUGCCGGCGCCACACUUGGUGACGUCUCAGAGCGGCUGCAGGUGGAUCGGGACAGGCGAGCUGCCCUGAGUCCAGGGCUCCUCCCUGGUGGUGUCCCCCAAGGCCCCACUGAACUGCUUCAGCCACUCAGCCCCAGCCCCGGGGCUGCAGGCACGAGCAGUGAUGCCCUGCUCGCCCUCCUGGACCCGCUCAGCACAGCCUGGUCAGGCAGCACCCUCCCGCCACGCCAUGCCGCCCCGAAUGUAGCCACCCCAUUCACCCCCCAAUUCAGCUUCCCCCCUGCGGGGACACCUGCCCCAUUCCCACAGCCACCACUCAACCCCUUUGUCCCAUCCAUGCCAGCAGCCCCACCAACCCUGUCCCUGGUCUCCACACCAGCGGGGCCUUUUGGGGUCCCUCCAGCUUCCCUGGGGCCGGCUUUUGCAUCCGGCCUCCUGCUGUCCAGCGCUGGCUUCUGUGCCCCUCACAGGUCUCAGCCCAACCUCUCUGCCCUCUCCAUGCCCAACCUCUUUGGCCAGAUGCCCAUGGGCACCCACACGAGCCCCCUACAGCCGCUGGGUCCCCCAGCAGUUGCCCCAUCCAGGAUCCGAACGUUGCCCCUGGCCCGCUCAAGUGCCAGAGCUGCUGAGGCCAAGCAGGGGCUGGCCCUGAGGCCUGCAGACCCCCCACUUGUGCCUCCCAGGCCCCCCCAAGGCCUGGAGCCAACACUGCGGCCCUCUGCUCCUCAACAGGCCAGAGACCCCUUUGAGGAUUUGUUACAGAAAACCAAGCAAGACAUGAGCCCAAGUCCGGUCCUGGCCCCGGCCCCGGCCCCGGCCCCGGCCCCGGCCCCAGACUCGGUGGAGCAGCUCAGGAAGCAGUGGGAGACCUUCGAGUGAGCCAGGCCCUGAGGGCAGGGGAUGCAUCGAGGCCCGAGGGUCCGUCCACUGCUGCGGUUCCGAGGGUCCCCUGCCACGCGCUCUGCCCAGGUUCUGCUGGUGGGAAGGGAUGGGACCCCUCUCUGCUGCCCCCUCCUCCCCUCCACACUGCCCAUCUCUGCGGUCUGGCCCUGCGGAAUGGCACCAGUUCCAAUCUGGGAAUCAACCCAGUUCCUGAGUGCCCGUCCCACCCCGCGGUUGCCCGUCCUCGGCACCCUUGAUUGGGUUUUGCACUAAAGAGGUCAGCUGGGCCAGUGAUUGCCCCAGACCAAGUCCUACCCACCUUCCCCCUGGAAGUGUCCCGAGAGGCUCCGAAGGCCUAUCCUCUGAGCCCAGCUCUCCUGUUCCACCACAGCCAGGCCCUGCACGCCCACCUCCUCGGACACAAGUGGCAGGGUUACCCUCCAGUGUGAGCUCCUCUGCACGAGACACAGGCGGCUUGGGGUUGAAGUUAGGACUCCUCCUGGGCUGGAGGAUUUACCUGGUGGGGCACUUCCAGACUGUUUCUAGCAAUAUACACACACGUUCUUUCCUGUGUCUUCACCCCAAAACUUCAGUUGAUUCUGACCUGGGAGGGUCUGGGGACCAGGGGGUCUGGACUGCCUUGUGAUGCCCAGCCCCAGCCACCCUGCACGGGGACUGCGAGCACCAGCAACAUUGAUUUCUAGAAGGAAAAUAGAAACCCCAUCCGAGUGUUUUGGGGGGAGCCCCCACCCCCUCAUUCCAACUCUCUGGCACUCUGAUACCUCCAGGUUCUCUUCUGUCAAAGCUGGGUCUCAGCCUCUUGGCAUCUGGAGCUUUGUGGGCAAGCUGCGACCCAGAUUUCAACUCGAAGGUCGAGCGGAAUGCCUCAGACUGAUGCGGAGGCAGCUGGCCUUCCUGGGUUGGAACGAGGCAGUGGCCCUGAGCCCCUGCUCCAGAGCCGGGUAGAAAGGACAAACUUGGUCUCUGCCUCAGAGAAGCAGGAGAAGGGCUAGAAGCCAGUCCCUCCCCACCUGCCCAGAGCACCAGGCCAGCACAGAAAUUCCUGAGGCCACCGUCACCAAAGUUAGAGUGAAUGUUUUAUUGUUUAUCUUUUUCCUUUUUACCUUAUUGAUUUGAUGAGUCUUGAAAUUGAUUCAUUUCCAUAAACCAAGUUAAAGUAUGCCCCGACCAUUUAAGAAAACAGCCAUCUGAGACACGCAGGAAAUUGUGAGCAUUUCGACCCGAGCUCUCAUUUCCUAUUCGGGAUGGGUCAGACACAGAGUCUACCCAGGGGUGUCUGAGGGGGACAAGGAGUGGGGGGGGGUCUCUGGAGAUCUGUCACCCAGGGAGCCCCCUCUGUGUCUAAGAGGCCACCACUGCUGCACAUGGUCAGGGAGGCUUGGUGGCCGUCCUGGCACAUGGCUUUUCCUGGGCCAACUGUGACCUGUCUGGCUCAGGAAUGGGCUCUGGCUGCUUGGGGAGCCGUGUCACUCCUGGGCCAUGGGGGCACCUCCCGGGCACUUAGGUGUUUCACAGAGAUUCCAGUUUCACUCCCUGGCCAGAUCCCCAGGCCCCAUCCGGGAUAGGGCAGAGGCGGCGCUGGCAGCCCCAGGGAAGGAGGGUGUGUACCCCAAGGCGCCCUGGCUGUGCUGGGGGACUGGGGUGAGCGCUCCAUGGUCACAUGAGCACUGCUGCCUCUUCACUUGUGGGACUGACUUUGCAAACCCAAGGAUGAACUUUGUGUGCAUUCAAUAAAAUCAUCUUGGGGAAGA